CUCCACCAGCAAGCCUGAGGAAAAGCACUCAUCAGAUUUCUGAUCUCCGCCACAGGCUUUUACCUGCGUGGACAUAAGCACUGUACAGAUAUAUUUAGUCAUCUUUGCACUCUCUUCGGCUCUCCUGGAAACACCUGAGCUGCAGGAUCUUUUUUUAAGUUGCUUUUUUUGGUCAGUUUUUCUUUCCAAAACCCAGGGCACGAACUGGUUUAAAUCUGCUCUACUUUGGACAUAAAGAAAGACUAGCAGGAUUAAAAAUGGGCUGCUUCACAUUCGUCAAAUUGAUGAUGUUCUUGUUCAACUUGCUUAUCUUUCUGGGCGGCCUGACCCUGUUGGCCAUGGGGAUCUGGGUGAGCGUAGACGGGGGCUCCUUCCUCCAUCUGCUGGGGCCGUUCUCUAGCCAAGCCAUGCAGUUCGUCAACGUGGGCUUUUUCUGCAUCGCCAUCGGGGUCGUGCUGGUGCUGCUGGGGCUUCUUGGCUGUUGUGGGGCCCACAAAGAGAGCAAGUGUCUGCUGCUCACGUUCUUCUCCAUCAUCCUCAUCAUAUUCAUCGCUGAAGUAGCAGCCGGAGUCGUGGCUCUGGCCUACUCCUCAUUUGCUGAGGGGAUCCUCAAAGCGUGGGCGACCCCCGCUCUACAGAAAGAUUAUGGCAGUGAGCCUGUGGUAACUAAGAUCUGGAACACCACCAUGACAGAGCUGAAGUGCUGUGGUUUCACCAACUACACAGACUUUGUGGGCUCUAAGUUUGAAAAGGAGAACGGAGGCAGUCUGCCGCCCAGCUGCUGCUGGACCAACAGCGCCCCCUGCAGCUCAGCCGAGGCAGAGCGCAGCGGUGUGCAGGGCUGUUUCGAACAAAUCCUGGAGACCCUCAAAGAACACGCCAACAUUGUGGGAGGCAUCGCAGCAGGAAUAGGAGUCUUGGAGAUUGCUGCCAUGAUAGUGUCCAUGUACCUGUACUGCCACCUGGACAAGAGCGUCAGCUGAGACUCCUUCAGGGAAAAGAUCCCGUGGGAUUUUUAACCUGCAUUAUUUAACAAUCACAGGGUAGUGUUCUUUCUUUUUGGUUCCCCCUUUUUACAGGGAAAUGUUUAGCUUUAAUAUAAAGGCAUGUUUAUGGUGAAAAGAAUCCAGUGAUUGUAUUUUAUAUAUAGUAAAAAAAAGGUUUAUAAUCACAGGCAGAGUGUAAAUAUUUCAUAUUUGCCAAUAAAAUAUAUCAGAUAGCA